AUGAAGGUUGCACUACCGAUAUUGCCUGGGACUUCAAAUCCUCCUGUGGGUUCGCAGCCACGGCUGUUUGGACAGGCGGGGCCGCAGGAGAUGAUGCAGCAGGGGGAAGGGCAGGGACAGCUACAGCAGCAGAAGCAUCAAGAUCCGCAGCAUCAACAGCAGCAGGAGCAGCAGCAGCAGCAGCAGCAGCAGCAGCAGCAGCAGCAGCAGCAGCAGCAGCAGCAGCAGCAGCAGCAGCAGCAGCAGCAGCAGCAGCAACAAGGGCAGCACGACAUGCACCAGCUUGGCCAGGGACAGCUGCUACCAUCAGACGUUUGGCGACAAACGGAGAUACAACCUCCCAUGGUAGAACCCCUGCAUUCAGGCACAUACCAGGACCAUGGGCAAACACCGCAGCUGGAACCACCCUGCAGUCAGUCCAAGGAUUUGCCAGGAAUAUCCGCUUCUGCUUCAGUUCCGAAAGUGCACCUGCCAUUCCAGCCACAAGUGCAAUGGGCACACGAUACUCGGCUUCUAGACCAGAUUCAAUAUCAACAGGAGCCACUGCUGCAGCUCACACCACCAUCCAACCGAGACGCACCGCCGCAAGGGCAGCUCAGGUUGGAGCAAUUGUCGGCACAGCUACAGCCACUUCUGCAGCGUCAGCCAUCAGGUGUCACAACAGAUCCAAGUCAAUCAGAGUUGACACACAAGCGCACUGCGGCUCAAAGACGAUACACCCAACCAGGGAAGUACCGCGGGGUGAGGAAGCGAGGCGAAGGUCGGUUUAUCGCAGAAAUCAAGGACACGACUUUCGGCGUGCGCAAGUGGUUGGGGACUUUUGCCACUGCAGAGGAAGCUGCCCUGGCGUUUGAUCGGGCCGCAGUGGAGAUUCGAGGGACAAAGACGAAGCUUAACUUUCCUGAGGUGAUUCUGGGGGGCGAAGGAGCAGUAUCUGAAGAACAGGGUGAAGCUGCUGCAGAGACGGAUAUUGAAACGACUAGCUUGGGGGUGACGAUGUGUGCUGAGCAGGUCAAGCAGGGAGGCACGAGCUCUUUUAAAAAAGGAAAGGCAAUGGACUGUGAGCAGGCGGCAGGUGGGGGACUGUGUGAAGAUGGAGUCUGGCAAAUGACGUAUGGAGAGGCAAUGGAUUUGGAGGCACAGGCAGUGGGUUGCCAAGGUGUAGUGGUGGCUCAUGCGAUAUCGGACAAGGACGUGGUUGGGUUGACAAUGCAUGCAGGCAACAGCACUGUCAGUGAAAUCAGCUCGAUCCGAGCUGGCCCUUUUACCUCGUCUGCCUCCGCGCCUGCUUCCAUCCUCUCCCUCCCGCCGGCCAUGUUUCUCCCUGGAGAGCCGUGUUCCAGCUUCAACGCGGAUCAUGGCGCUUCUGCACGUGUGGUUGCUGGUGAUGGCGGUGUGACGGAGGAAUGCAGACAGGAGGAUUUCCUUCUGGAAAAGUCGUGGGCCAUCACUGCUGCAACGCAUCUCACCAUGACCAUGGCUCACCACAGCAGCCCCCCACGCCAAGGCAUGCCAAUUCAAACGAUGAUGCAAGUGGAAGCCGAAGCAGAGGAGGGUGGCAGCGGCGUCGACAGACUUAGGGAUAGCAUGAGAUCCGAUCAGCCAAUACCAAAGACUGGGGAUGCAAGGAGCGGUUCUGAGCUGUUUCCACCACAUCAUUCUGUUGCAACACACAGCUCGUGGGACGAGACCCGUCAUGUCGGUCAGCUAAGUGAAGACGCUCCCGUCAUGGCUGCAUUGGAAACAAUGUUUACCAGGCUGCCAGGCCAGGUAGACAAGGAGACCCCAGGAGGGCGGAAUGAGGUGUCACCGUAUCAAGUCCAGGCAGAGCAGAGUGAGAUGUCUGAUGCUGACAUGCAUAGUGGCGGGCUCCUGCUGGAAAAUGAGAAACUUGUCGCUGAGGUGGUGUUAGAGCCCACUCGGGAUGAGCCGCAUGGUAGUUCUGAGGCUGAUGCCGAGAGGGGUGGCAUCAAGGAUCUCAUGCCUUCAUUCCCUUCUCCAUUCCCAACAGGCCAGUUGCCGUCCUUCAUGGAGGAGAGAAAAGCGCAUUUUCAGGAGAGUGGGCCUUUUGAUGUAAGGCGGUUGGAGACUUCACAGCCAAUGGAGCUGGAAGAGCAUCAGUUGUUCCACGCAGCAGUGCAGGAGCGGGCGCAGCCACCACACCAGGCACCACAGCAUGGCGAGACCAUACACGAGGGGAAGUACCAGCAGAAUCAUCUCUCCUUCAUCUCUACUGAUUCGCCACUUCAGGUAGCAUCUGAGGCGGGCCGAAUGAUUUCGAUACCUCUGAUGCAGCAGAUACAUCACCAACAGCAGCAGUAG